CAAUGACAUAUGAGAACGCGGAAGCUCAUCUGAUGAUUUUCGGGGCGUGUCAGCUUGCAAAUAAUACAAAGCUGAAGCUUCAAGCAGAAGUCUUCCAGUGAAGGAAAGACAUCUGAUCUUUUGAAGACCUCAAGAAAAGUGUCUGUCAACACAAUGGCAUCACCAACUCCUCUAUCCAAGGCCAACACCUCCUUCUCUCUGGCUUUGCUCAACAAGCUGGGUGGUAAUGACAAAACCGCAAAUGUCUUCUACUCUCCUUUUAGCAUCUCUUCAGCCCUGUCUAUGGUGAUGCUGGGGGCCAGGGGCAACACAGCCACACAGAUGUCAGAGGUCCUCAGCUUCACUAAGGCAGAGAAGCAUCGGCAUGCAGGAGCACCCCACAUGCAAACGCAGCAGCAGGCCCAGUCCAGACUGCCACCAAAUCUGCAGAAGUCUCUGAAAACCCAGAAUUUACAGGAUGAUGUUCACGUGAGCUUUGCCCAACUGCUGAGCGAGCUCAACAAGGCAGGUGCUCCGUAUGCCCUCAGUGUUGCUAACAGGCUGUACGGAGAGCAGUCCUACCAGUUUAUUGAGGAUUUCUUAGGAAAAACCAAGAAGCACUACAAAGCAGAGCUGGAGCCUUUGGACUUCAAAACCAACUCAGAGUCAGCCAGGGUCCACAUCAAUAGCUGGGUGGAGAAGCAGACACAAGGUAAAAUUAAGGACGUGCUGGGCCACGGUGUGGUGGACAGCAUGACCAGGCUGGUGCUGGUCAAUGCAAUCUACUUCAAAGGAAACUGGAACAAGCAGUUUGAGAAGAGUUCCACACAUGAUGCUCCAUUUAGACUCAACAAGAAUGACACUAAGCCAGUGAAGAUGAUGUAUCAGAAAACUAAGUUCCCUCUCACCUACAUCCCCGAAGCCAACUGCCAGAUCCUAGAGAUGCCGUACAAUGGAAAGGAGCUCAGCAUGCUCAUCUUCCUACCAAAUGAAUUCGAGGACAGUACAACAGGUCUGGAGAAGCUGGAGAAGACGCUGACCUAUGAGAACUUUGUGGAGUGGACGCGCCCAGACAUGAUGGAUAACAUUGAGGUCCAGGUGGGGCUGCCUCGAUUCAAGAUGGAGGAGAAGUAUGACAUGAAGAAUGUCCUGAUCAGCAUGGGCAUGGUGGAUGCCUUCGACAUGGCUUCGAGUGACUUCUCUGGCAUGUCUCCCGCCAAUGACCUAGUACUGUCAAAAGUCGUCCACAAGGCUUUCGUGGAGGUGAACGAGGAGGGAACUGAGGCUGCAGCUGCCACUGCUGCAAUCAUGAUGCUGCGCUGUGCUUUGCCUACAGCCAGGUUCAUCGCAGACCACCCCUUCCUCUUCUUCAUCCGACAUAACCCCUCCAUGAGCAUUCUCUUUGCUGGCCGAUACUGCUCCCCCAAGUGAACACUUCGUUGUUCAGAGCAGUGUUGUUUCUCAAGUGGAGGGGGGGGGAGUUACAAUACAUAUAUUGCAACAGUCUAAAAGUUUUUUGGUAUUACUGGAAGAUGUUGUGAAUCACUACUUUAGUUUCCUAUAGCUAAUCACACUCUGAGUUCCCGUCCUAUAUUUUAUCCUGUGCCUUACUGAACAUUAGGUUUUUGCACUGUUUAUCUUUUGCACCUGAUGUCAUCUUUAGGAUCUGGUUUACCCUGUCUGUAAUACAUGUAUGGUCCUGUUUGCUGCACACUCACACCCUAGUUUAGCUAUACCAUUAGAGUUUAUUAGUUAGUUUAUCUUAUCGUAUACCUUACACCCUUUGAAAGAGUUUACCUUUAUCAGAAUGUCUAUAAUGCCUCUUCAAACACUAGCACGGACAUCAAGUGUACUUUAAUACCAUACGAAGGUGUGACUGUUGCAACUUUUUUUCUACAUUACAUGCUACAUCUAUAUUUUUCAUAUUUCUUUGUUUUAGAUAUUCAAUAAACCAAAGAGAAUAAUGUGAUGAAAUCACAUUGUCCGAUAGAUAUAUCCAUAGUGAUUUGUAACUGAGCAAAGCACAGAUAUGUAAUUGUACCAUUAUGCAUAACAUAAAUAUAGACUACAUGAGCUUACAUGAAGGUUUGACCUGGUCCUUUUUAUGUAUCCUAUUUCUCAUGGAAUAAAAGUGUGUGUGGUUUGCAAA